CCCGUGUCUCUAAGACCAUGAUUUUUAGUGUCUAGCAAAGUUAUGAAUUUAAGUUCCCAGGCUCAUCUUUUGAAAGCGUUGUGCCUGCUUCUGUUGAUGAUGAGGACUGAGAGGUCAGAUACAGAGUGAUCGUUUUGUGAAAAGUGUUCACAUACAGAAACUCCACAUUGUCUUGUUUACAUGGAUACAUGGCACAGAGUGAAGGACACACAGUACAAAGUCAUUGACAGAAGCUGAAAAUGAAUGAAGAUUACUGGUACUUGUGAUGAUGUUUUCCUGACUGAUAUGGGUGAUGUGAUAAUCUGAGAGGCGCCCUAGUAACAUCCUUAGUGAAGCAUUUAUUUUUUACUCCCAUCAUCAUACGUCUACAAACCAUUAGAAGAAAUGAUCAGUCAACUACCAGAGGAUACUGUGGAGUCCCAGGGUUUAGAUGAGCUUGAGUGCAAGAUCUGUUACAACCGCUAUAAUCAGAGACAGAGGAAACCAAAAGUGCUGGAGUGUUGUCACAGAGUAUGUGCCAAAUGCCUUUGCAAGAUCAUAGACUUCGGGGACUCUCCUCAGGGAGUCAUAGUGUGCCCAUUCUGUAGGUUUGAGACAUGCCUGCCUGAUGAUGAGGUUAGUAGUCUUCCUGACGACAACAACAUCCUUGUGAAUUUGGCUUGUGAGGGAAAGGGGAAGAAGUGCCUACCAGAUAAUCCUACAGAACUGUUGCUAACUCCCAAAAGGCUGGCAUCUCUUGUUAGCCCUUCUCAUGCUUCCUCCAACUGCCUGGUUAUAACCAUCAUGGAAGUGCAGAGAGAAAGCCCACAGACUCUGAACUCCACCCCGGUGGUGGAAUUCUACAGGCCCACGAGUUUUGACUCUGUUGCAACUGUAUCCCACAACUGGACAGUGUGGAACUGUACAUCCUUGCUCUUCCAGACCUCAAUUCGAGUGCUCAUUUGGUUGUUAGGUUUGCUAUACUUUAGUUCCUUGCCUUUAGGGAUCUACUUACUGGUAUCUAAGAAAGUCACCCUGGGGGUCGUUUUUGUCAGCCUUGUUCCUUCGAGCCUUGUUAUUCUCAUGGUUUAUGGCUUUUGCCAAUGUGUAUGCCAUGAGUUUCUGGACUGCAUGUCUUCUUGAUAACAAAUAUAGUCAAAUAAGAUACUGCCAUGUUUGUAGCAUAAUUUAUCUUCUCUGUUGUAUUCUUAUUUAUUAUUAUUAUUCAUCACACUAAACAGAAGCAGUAGCCACAAUUUUAUGGUCCAUUUAUUUUGUUUUUUAAUUUUGCUUUGAUAUUUAUUGUGCUUUGUUCUACUUGUUCACUAUACUAACCAAUGGAAAUGAAAUUUACAUGUCAAUUUUUAAGGUUAAGCUAUAGGAAAAAAAGCAAAAUUGCCUAACCUGAUGCUGCUGCCCUUAUUCAGAUAAGUAGCACUGGUCUUCAACUGGAUUAGUCACAUGAGUCAGAGAAGCAGGACCAGGCCCUUGGAAGACAUUGGAACAUUAGGCAUUCACCCAGGCAAAGCCCAUAUUAUGUUCUGUUUUGUCAUGUGUUAUGUCUGUUAGUGAAUUAAGUCUCUUUGUUGUUUAUUAUAAGAACAAGACAAGAUACCAUAGGUUCCACCAGCCUUUGCUAUAGCACAAAUCUUUGUUGGAGAUAAUUGGUUACUGACUUCCCUUUCUCCACUUAAAAGACAGUAGCACCCUGGGAUGGGGAGAGUCCAGAUGUCUUCUUGUCUUAGUAGAAAAAUCUCUUGCGUACAUUUCCCCCCAUACACCCACCAUGCAUGCACUUCUCCUUAUGCUUGCAGCUCCCCUUGAGACUCCACCCCCAGACGCAACCACGCAUACUCACUCCCCAGGACCGGCUCCAGGCACCAGACGAGAAAGCACGUGCCUGGGGCGGCACAUUGUAAGGGGUGGCAUUCCA